AGAAAAAGGCCCCUGCUUGCCCAGCCCAGCGUCCUCACCCCAAACACACUGCUCCCUCCCAGUCCCCCGGAGCCUGGGCCUCACACCCUCCUUCACACACCCCGCCAUGUGACUCAGCUCCCGUGGGCUACAGGAACAGCCUGUGGCCUGGCUCUACCAGAAGCGAGCCGACCCACAGGGGAACUGGAUCCGUGACCUUGGCCUCCUUAGUUGUAACCGGACACCAGAGAAUUUGGAAAAAAGCCAUGUGCGGAGUAAAUCCCAAAGGAGGCGCAAAUAAAAUCAGAACAAUCCUGCCUGACACUUAACAAAACGCUUUAAGUUGUUCAAAGCUCCAGCUCAACUCUGAACCCACCAGAGGUUCCGUAUUUGACCCCGCUGUUGGCCCCAGGCCAGCCACUGUCACCGCUGCCCCUAUCACCAACACGAGUCCCCUCCUCCCUGAAGCAGGAAAGGGACCUCCCAGCCCCUUGCUGGGACCUCCACCCCACCAGUCAGGAUGACUCCUCCUUGCUUCGGAAUGUCAGGAUGGGCAGAGUCCCCGGAGGCCACCUACUGCAGCCACCCCCCUUCUCAUCAUCAGUGUGCUCAAGGAGAGUCAGAAGACUGGCGGGGGUCACCUGCUUUUGCUUGAGCACCAUGAGAAAUGGGGAGCUCGCCACCCACACCCCCAGGCGGCAUCCCCAUCAUUUGGUGCCCUGCCCCGAUCGUCAGUUUGACAGUGACUGGGUCCCUCCUCUGUACCAGGUGCCGAGUCAGCUUCCGUAGGGAUGGGGAGACACUUGCCCCGGCGAGCAGAUAAGGAACAGGCCAGACUACGCCGGGUGUUUGACGCGCGGGAUUGCAGCUCUGCACAGGAGAUGUUCACCUACAUCUGCAACCACGUCAAGUACGCCACCAACCGGGGCAACCUCCGUUCGGCCAUCACGGUGUUCCCCCAGCGCGCUCCGGGCCGCGGAGACUUCCGCAUCUGGAACAGCCAACUGGUGCGCUACGCGGGCUACAGGCAGCAGGACGGCUCCGUGAGGGGGGACCCAGCCAACGUGGAGAUCACCGAGCUCUGCAUCCAGCACGGCUGGACCCCAGGAAACGGCCGCUUUGAUGUGCUGCCCCUGCUGCUCCAGACCCCAGAUGAGGCUCCAGAGCUCUUUGUUCUGCCCCCCGAACUGGUCCUCGAGGUCCCCCUGGAGCACCCCACGCUGGAGUGGUUCUCGGCCCUGGGCCUGCGCUGGUACGCCCUCCCAGCAGUGUCCAACAUGCUGCUGGAAAUUGGGGGCCUGGAGUUCCCUGCAGCCCCCUUCAGCGGCUGGUACAUGAGCACGGAGAUUGGCAUGCGGGACCUGUGUGAUCUCCACCGCUACAACAUCCUGGAGGACGUGGCCGUCUGCAUGGACCUGGAUACCCGGACCACCUCAUCCCUGUGGAAAGACAAAGCAGCCGUGGAAAUCAACUUGGCUGUGCUGCACAGUUACCAGCUUGCCAAAGUGACCAUUGUGGACCACCACGCUGCCACGGCCUCCUUCAUGAAGCACCUGGAGAACGAGCAGAAGGCCAGGGGGGGCUGCCCUGCCGACUGGGCCUGGAUCGUGCCCCCCAUCUCGGGCAGCCUCACCCCAGUCUUCCAUCAGGAGAUGGUCAACUAUGUCCUGUCCCCUGCUUUCCGCUACCAGCCAGACCCCUGGAAGGGGAGCGCAGCCAAGGGCACCGGCAUCACCAGGAAGAAGACCUUUAAGGAAGUGGCCAAUGCGGUGAAGAUCUCUGCCUCACUCAUGGGCACCGUGAUGGCGAAGCGAGUGAAGGCGACGAUUCUGUACGCCUCCGAGACCGGCCGGGCCCAGAGCUACGCACAGCAGCUGGGGAGGCUCUUCCGGAAGGCCUUCGACCCUCGGGUCCUGUGCAUGGAUGAGUAUGACGUGGUGUCCCUGGAGCACGAGACGCUGGUGUUGGUGGUGACCAGCACCUUUGGGAACGGUGAUCCCCCAGAGAAUGGAGAGAGUUUUGCGGCAGCCCUGAUGGAGAUGUCGGGCCCCUACAACAGCUCUCCUCGGCCAGAGCAACACAAGAGUUACAAAAUCCGCUUCAACAGCGUCUCCUGCUCAGACCCGCUGGUGUCCUCCUGGCGGCGGAAGAGGAAGGAGUCCAGUAACACCGACAGCGCAGGGGCGCUGGGGACCCUCAGGUUCUGUGUGUUUGGGCUGGGCUCCCGGGCGUACCCCCAUUUCUGCGCCUUUGCUCGUGCGGUGGACACGCGGCUGGAAGAGCUGGGAGGGGAGCGGCUGCUUCAGCUGGGCCAGGGCGAUGAGCUGUGCGGCCAGGAGGAGGCCUUCCGUGGCUGGGCCCAGGCUGCCUUCCAGGCCUCCUGUGAGACGUUCUGCGUGGGGGAGGAUGCCCAGGCCGCGGCCCAGGACAUCUUCAGCCCCAAACGAAGCUGGAAACGCCAGAGGUACCGGCUGAGCGCCCAGGCUGAGGGCCUCCAGCUGCUGCCAGGCCUGAUCCACGUGCACAGGAGGAAGAUGUUCCAGGCCACAGUCCUCUUGGUGGAAAACCUACAAAGCAGCAAGUCCACACGGGCCACGAUCCUGGUGCGCCUGGACAUUGGAAGCCAGGAGGGGCUCCAGUACCAGCCGGGGGACCACAUAGGCAUCUGCCCGCCCAACCGGCCGGGGCUCGUGGAGGCGCUGAUGAGCCGCGUGGAGGACCCGCCGCCACCCACCGAGUCUGUGGCAGUGGAGCAACUGGAGAAGGGCAGCCCAGGUGGCCCUCCUCCCGGCUGGGUGCGGGACCCCCGGCUGCCCCCGUGUACGCUGCGCCAGGCUCUCACCUUUUUCCUGGACAUCACCUCCCCGCCCAGCCCUCAACUUCUUCGUCUGCUCAGCACCCUGGCUGAAGAGCCCAGUGAACAGCAAGAGCUCGAGACCCUCAGCCAGGACCCCCGGCGCUACGAGGAGUGGAAGUGGUUCCGCUGCCCCACCCUGCUGGAGGUGCUCGAGCAGUUUCCAUCCGUGGCACUGCCUGCCCCACUGCUUCUCACCCAGCUGCCCCUGCUCCAGCCCCGGUACUACUCGGUCAGCUCAGCACCCAGCACCCAUCCAGGAGAGAUCCACCUCACAGUAGCUGUGCUGGCAUACAGGACCCAAGAUGGGCUGGGUCCCCUGCACUAUGGAGUCUGCUCCACGUGGCUGAGCCAACUCAAGGCUGGAGACGCCGUACCCUGCUUCAUCAGGGGGGCUCCCUCCUUCCGGCUGCCGCCUGAUCCCAGCUUGCCCUGCAUCCUCGUGGGCCCGGGCACUGGCAUCGCCCCCUUCCGGGGAUUUUGGCAGGAGCGGCUACACGACAUCGAGAGCAAAGGGCUGCAGCCUGCCCCCAUGACCUUGGUAUUCGGCUGCCGGUGCUCCCAGCUCGACCAUCUCUACCGCGAGGAGGUGCAGGAUGCCCAGCAGCGCGGGGUGUUUGGCCGCGUCCUCACCGCCUUCUCCCGGGAACCCAACAGCCCUAAGACCUACGUGCAGGACAUCCUGCGGACGGAGCUGGCUGCUGAGGUGCACCGCGUGCUGUGCCUCGAGCGGGGCCACAUGUUUGUCUGCGGCGAUGUCACCAUGGCAACCAGCGUCCUGCAGACGGUGCAGCGCAUCUUGGCGACAGAGGGCGACAUGGAGCUGGAUGAGGCCGGCGACGUCAUCGGCGUGCUGCGGGAUCAGCAACGCUAUCACGAGGACAUUUUCGGGCUCACGCUGCGCACCCAGGAAGUGACAAGCCGCAUACGCACCCAGAGCUUUUCCUUGCAGGAGCGGCAUAUGCGGGGCGCAGUGCCCUGGGCGUUCGACCCGCCCGGCCCAGACACCGCUGGCCCCUGAGAGCCCUCUUGCUUUCCGCUUCAGUUUGCGGAGAGAGGGGCCGUCAGACCGGAACCAGCCACCUCUCCCUCCCCUCCGAGGUGCCGUCCCACCUCUGUCCAGAGUCUGCAGAGACUGGCCUGAUUCCCCGGGAAUAUCUCUUUCUUUGUCUAGGUCUGUUUCCCUACCCUAGGUCUGAGUAAAUCUGGAAGGCCGUCUCCCAGCCGUGGUAUUCCACAGCCCUUUUGUGUUA